AUGAACACCUUGAGCAAUGCACGGUCAUUGGCGAUAUGUACAGGUCCCAUUCGAUCCAUGAGAUCGGUCUCCGCUGUGGCACAAAGUCAGGUGAAUGCCAAUACAGCUGAGGAUUUGAAGUCUUUUGAUGACAUUCCACGCCCCAAGAAAUUCAAAUUUAUGAGGGCUUUCAUGCCCGGAGGAGAGUUUUAUAAUGCAUCCAUUGUGGAUUACACAACUACGAUGCGGAAGCGCUAUGGAGAUAUCUUCAUAUUGCCCGGAAUGUUUGGUCGCCCGGAUUGGGUUACUACUUUCAGCACCAAAGAUAUUGAAACGGUUUUCCGCAACGAGGGAAUUUGGCCCGUUCGCGAUUCUUUUCAGUCGAUCAUACAUUUUCGCCAGAAUGUAAGGCCAGAUGUUUAUGGCGAGGUCCCUGGACUGACAAUCGCACAAAAUGAGGAGUGGGGAAAAAUUCGGUCGGCGGUUAAUCCCAUUUUCAUGCAACCUAAAGGAUUAAGAGUGUACUACGAACCAUUGUCAAACAUCAAUAAUGAGUUUAUCGAACAUAUAAAGGAGAUUCGUGAUCCCAAGACUUUGGAAGUACCAGAUGAUUUCAUGAGUGAGAUAUGCCGAAUGAUCUUCGAGUCACUUAGUCUGGUGGCCUUCGAUCGGCAAAUGGGUUUGAUCAGGAAAAACCGAGACAAUCCAGAUGCGCUAACCCUUUUUGUGACGACGAGGAAUAUCUUUAGGUUGGCAUUCAAACUCGACUUUCAGCCUUCGAUGUGGAAGGUUGUAUCGACGCCCGCCUACAGGAAAAUGAUGAAAGCACUCAACGACAGUUUGGAUGUUGCCCAAAAGCUGCUGAAGGAAAGUCAGGAUGAUCUGGAAAAACGACGUCUGGCGGGGGAGAAAAUAAACAGCAACAGUAUGAUGCAGCGGCUGAUGGAGAUCGAUCCAAAGAUGGCGGUGGUCAUGGGUUUGGACACCCUCUUUGCUGGCGUGGAUGCCACUUCUACCCUUCUCUCGGCAGUGCUACUUUGUCUAUCGAAACAUCCAGAAAAACAGACCAAGCUGCGCGAGGAACUCCUGAAGAUUAUGCCCACCAAGGACACUCUGCUCAACGAGGAGACCAUGAAGGAUAUGCCAUAUUUAAGAGCUGUGAUCAAGGAGACCCUCAGAUAUUAUCCCAAUAGUUUGGGAACAAUGAGGUCCUGCCAAAAUGAUGUGACUCUUUCGGGUUACAAUGUUCCCAAGGGAACCACUGUUCUCUUGGGCUCCAAUGUGCUCAUGAAGGACAGCACUUUUUACUCAAGGCCAGAUGAAUUUCUACCAGAGCGUUGGUUAAGAGAUCCCGAAACGGGAAAGAAGUCCCAAGUGAGUCCUUUCACCUUCCUGCCCUUCGGGUUUGGUCCUCGCAUGUGCAUCGGCAAGAGAAUUGUGGAUCUGGAAAUCGAGACGAGUGUGGCCAAGUUGAUCCGCAACUUCCAGGUGGAGUUCAAUCGGGAUGCCAGCAAGCCAUACAAAACCAUGUUCAUCAUGGAACCGGCCAUUCCAUUCCCCUUCAAGUUCACCGAUGUCGACAAUUAAAUAUUAGUUGGUGCAAUUCGUUCCUUAUAUAUUAUAUAUGUUGUUUAUAAUAAACGUACUGUUUACUUACUGCUGCAUGUAA